CUUCUGGAACAGAGGGCGCUCAUUGAGCUAGGCAUUCCCACGAUGUGGCUGGUUUUAACAACAACCUGUUGUUUGAUCUGUGGAACUUUAAAUGCUGGUAGAUUCUUUAAUUUGGAAAAUGAAGCGAAUCCUGAAGUGUGGAUGAAUAUUAGUGAGAUCAUCACCUAUAAUGGCUACCCCAGUGAAGAGUAUGAGGUCACCACUCAGGACGGGUACAUCCUCAGUGUCAACAGAAUUCCCCAUGGACGAAGAGAUGCCCGGAGCCCAGGACCCCGGCCAGUCGUGUAUUUGCAACAUGCCUUAUUUGCAGACAAUGCCUCUUGGUUGGAGAAUUAUGCCAAUGGCAGCCUUGGGUUCCUUCUAGCAGAUGCAGGUUAUGAUGUCUGGAUGGGAAACAGUCGGGGGAACACUUGGUCAAGAAGACACAGAACACUGUCAGUCAAUGAAGAAAAAUUCUGGGCCUUUAGUUUUGAUGAAAUGGCCAAAUACGAUCUCCCAGCAAUAGUAGACUUAAUUAUAAAUAAAACCGGUCAGGAGAAGCUGUAUUUCAUCGGGCACUCACUUGGCACUACAAUAGGGUUUGUAGCCUUUUCCACCAUGCCUGAACUGGCACAAAGAAUCAAAAUGAAUUUUGCCUUGGGUCCUGUGGUCUCAUUCAAAUAUCCCACGGGCAUUUUUACCAGGUUUUUUCUACUUCCAACUUCCAUAAUCAAGGGUAUUUUUGGUACCAAAGGUGUAUUUCUAAAGACAGGAAGGGAACCCGCCCUCAAAAUCUGCAACAAUAAAAUAUUAUGGGUGAUAUGUAGUGAACUUAUGUCCUUAUGGGCUGGAAACAACAAGAAAAAUAUGAAUAUGAGUCGAAUGGACGUGUAUAUUUCACACGCUCCCACUGGAUCAUCAAUGCAGAACAUCCUGCAUAUAAAACAGCUUUACAGAUCUGAUGAAUUCAGAGCUUAUGACUGGGGAAGUGAAGCAGAGAACAUGCUUCACUACAAUCAGAGCCGUCCCCCACUCUAUGACUUGACUGCCAUGAAGGUGCCUACUGCUAUGUGGGCUGGUGGCCAUGACGUCCUUGUGACGCUCCGGGAUGUGGCCAGGGUAAUCCCCCAAAUCGGGAAUCUCCAGUACUUCGACCUCUUGCCUGACUGGAACCACUUCGAUUUCAUCUGGGGCAUGGACGCUCCCCAGCGAGUGUAUAGUAAGAUCAUAGCCUUGAUGAAGUCAUACUCCUGAUGGCAAGGAAUUCCUUCUUGGUUAAAAGUUGCUUGCCAGCCCAGGGGAGGCUUUGGGAAAGAGACUGGUCAGCAGGGAGGCCUUCUCUGGUGUCCUUCAACUCAUUUGCUGUUGCUAAGGGUUUCCCUUACCCGACAUCCCUGCUAGCAGUUAUUUCAACUGUGCU